UCACUAUUCUGUUCUAAACAUUUUAAGAUGUAAUUACUCAUUAACAUCCGAUUACUGUCAGAAAGUAAGGCGCUUUAGCGGAAGUGACAUAUUUACGCAUGCGUGGCUGGAUUGAGAAACGACACCAGCACCCGGCAAGACCGAGCUCGCCACUCGCACGUUGUUUUCGUGACGACCUCGCUGCAAAACUGGAUUUCAAAGCCGAUAAACUUGUGAAGGCUACGUACAUUGUAUCUUGCAGUAGAACAUAGAUUGACCUCACCCUUGAGCAAUGUCUCGUUUCUUUGCCACCGGGUCUGACAGUGAAAGUGAGGAGUCCUCAUCCGCCGAUGAGAUCACCCCCAAAGCACCCGGGACUACUUUGAAGCAAUCAUUGCUGCUCAGUGAUGACGAGGAGGACACCAAAAGGGUGGUGCGCAGCGCCAAAGAUAAGAGGUUUGAGGAAUUGACGAACCUCAUAAAGACGAUUCGCAACGCCAUGAAGAUCCGCGACAUGGCCAAAUGUUUGGAGGAGUUUGAGCAGCUGUGUCGAGCGUUCCUUAAAAGCAAGAACAUAGUGGACAAAGAAGGCGUUCCGUCGUUUUACAUUCGUCUUCUGGCUGAUCUGGAGGAUUAUCUCAACCAGCUUUGGGAGGACAAGGAUGGCAAGAAAAAAAUGAACAAAAAUAACGCAAAGGCCCUCAGCACGCUGCGCCAGAAGAUCCGCAAGUACAACCGGGACUUUGAAACAGAAAUAGCUGCAUACAAAGAGAACCCCCAGGAAUCUGCUGAUGAAGAGGAUGAUAAGGAGCAGGAGGAGUCUGGUUCCUCUAGUGAAAGUGAGGGAGAAGCCGGCGGCGUCUCUGCUAAGUCCUUCCUAAAGAAAAAGCCGGAUGAAGCCGGCAAGGCGGCAAAGGGCUCUGGGGACGAGUCCUCUUCCAGUGGUGAGGAUGAUGAUGAUGAUGACGACGAUGAAGGCUGGAGUGGAGAGUCCAAGGAAAGUGACAGCGAAAGCUCUGAUGGGGAAGCUAAGAGGCAAUCCAUGGCCGAAUCCUUCCUCAAGACUGGAUCGGAUAAAGGCGAGAUCAAGAAGCUAUCAAAGAGGAGGGACAAGGCCAAAGCAAGGAAACACAUUGAGGAAGAGGAGGAGGAUGGAGGGGAAGAGGUUGAAGGAGGCUGGGAGAAGGUCAAGUACGGCGUCCCUCUGGUAAAGGAGAAGCCCAAGAUGUUUGCUAAAGGCACAGAGAUCAACACGACAGUGGUUGUGAAGAAGCUGAAUGAAAUCCUGCAGGCGAGAGGCAAGAAGGGCACAGACAGGGCUGCACAGAUCGAGCUGCUCCACGCUCUGGCAGCCAUCGCUGCAGAACACAACUUGGGCCAAGGAAUCCUGGUCAAGAUUAAAUUCAACAUUAUCGCCUCUUUGUACGACUACAACCCCAACCUGGCUGCCUUCAUGAAGGCUGAUAUGUGGAAGAAGUGUCUGGAAUGCAUUGAUGAGCUGCUGGACAUCCUGUUUGAGAACAAUAACAUCUUCAUCGGGGAAAACAUCGCAGAAGACAGCGAGAACCUCGCCGUCUCUGACCAGCCUUUUCGGGUGCGUGGGUGUGUCUUAACUCUGGUGGAGAGAAUGGAUGAAGAGUUCACCAAGAUCAUGCAGAACACCGACCCUCAUUCCCAAGAAUAUGUUGACAAUCUGAAAGACGAGGGGCGGGUUUGCGGAAUAGUCGACAGGCUGCUCACAUACUUGGAAAACAAAGGCUCAACCGAAGAGAUCUGCCGCGUUUACCUGCGCAGGAUCAUGCACACCUACUACAAGUUUGACUACAAAGCCCACAGGCGCAGCCUGGGUCUGCAGGGAGAGACCAAGUCAGAGCAGGACCAGGAGGAGAGCGAAGGGGAGGACAGCGCUCUCAUCAUGGACCGCCUCUGCAAGUUCAUCUACGCCAAGGAUCGCACCGACCGCAUCCGCACAUGUGCUAUUCUCUGCCACAUCUACCAUCACGCUCUCCAUUCACGCUGGUACCAGGCCCGCGACCUGAUGCUCAUGAGCCACCUGCAGGACAAUAUCCAUCAUUCUGACCCACCUGUGCAGAUCCUGUAUAACAGAACCAUGGUCCAGCUUGGGAUUUGUGCCUUUAGGCAGGGUAUGAUUAAAGACGCACACAACGCUUUGCUGGACAUCCAGUCUUCUGGACGGGCCAAGGAGCUCCUGGGUCAGGGUCUGCUCAUGAGGAACAUGCAGGAGAGGAACGCAGAACAAGAAAAGAUUGAAAAGAGAAGACAAGUUCCCUUCCACAUGCACAUCAACCUGGAGCUGCUGGAGUGCGUGUACCUGGUGUCAGCCAUGCUGUUGGAAAUCCCUUACAUGGCUGCACACGAGUUCGACGCUCGACGCAGAAUGAUCAGCAAGCAGUUCCAUCACCAGCUCAGGGUGGGGGAGAGGCAGCCGCUGCUAGGACCCCCAGAGAGUAUGAGGGAGCACGUGGUGGCGGCCAGCAAAGCCAUGAAGAUGGGCGACUGGCGUACCUGCCACUCAUUUAUCAUCAACGAGAAGAUGAACAGCAAAGUGUGGGACUUGUUCCCGGAGACGCAACGAGUGCGAGAAAUGCUCGUCAGGAAAAUCCAGGAGGAGUCUCUGAGGACCUAUCUGUUCACAUACAGCAGUGUGUACGACUCCAUCAGCAUGGAGAUUCUGUCUGAAAUGUUCCAGCUGGAGAUGCCCACAGUUCACAGCAUCAUCAGCAAGAUGAUCAUCAACGAGGAGCUGAUGGCUUCCCUGGACCAGCCCACACAGACGGUGGUCAUGCACCGCACAGAGCCCACCUCCCUGCAGAACAUGGCUCUGCAGCUGGCAGAGAAGCUGGGCAGCUUGGUGGAGAACAACGAGCGCGUCUUCGACCUCAAACAGGGAGUCUAUGGAGGCUACUUCAACAGAGAUCAGAAAGGUGGCUACCAGCAGAAGCAGUCCUACCAGAGAGAUCAGAAAGGUGGCUACCAGCAGAAGCAGGGAGGCUACCAGGGUGGCUACCAGGGUGGCUACCAGGGUGGCUACCAGGGAGGCUACCAGGGUGGCUACCAGGGUGGCCACCAGGGAGGCUACCAGGGAGGCUACCAACGAGGCGGCUACAGGAAUCAAAACCAGAGCAACUAUUGAGCUUUUUCAGUCCUCAUUCCAGUACAACAGCAGGAGCUUUUGACCGCAGAAACCUUCACCCCCUUACCCCAAAUCAGCUGCGCAGCGAUUAAACAGCCACUGUUUGGACAGAAAGUACACGGAGGCCGGUAGCAUGGCAUUUCUCCACAAACAUGUCUGCUAGUUACUUAAUAAAGAAUAAAAGGAG